AUGACCAUCCCUCAAGAAACACCCUUCAAGAUUCAAAAUGUACCGCUUGGAGCCCACCGUCCAAUCCGAGUGGUCUGCAUCGGAGCCGGGUAUUCGGGGCUAAUGAUGUCCAUAAUAGCAGAGAAGAAAAUGAAAAACCACAACGUUGACUUCCGUGUCUAUGAGAAGAACCAUGAUUUGGGGGGAACCUGGCUUGUGAACAGAUAUCCCGGAUGCCAGUGUGAUAUCCCGGCCCACAAUUAUGCGUAUAGCUUCGCGCCGAAUCCCUCCUGGCGGAACUACUAUGCAACUUCUGCAGAAAUCCAAGCGUACAUGAAGGAUGUUGCGAAAGCAUAUGUUUGCGAGAAGUUUGUUGCGUAUAGUCAUACAGUGACGAGUGCUGUGUGGCAGGAGCAAGAGGGGAAGUGGCGUCUUACUGUCGAGUCCGAAGGGCACGAGUUUAUCGACAUUUGCGACGUCCUCAUUAACGCUGGCGGCAUUUUAAGCAACUGGGAGUGGCCAAACAUACCCGGGAUUGAGAAGUUUCUGGGCAAGCUUCUCCAUUCAGCAGACUGGGAUACGUCGUAUGAUUGGACAGGGAAGAACGUCGCCCUAAUUGGGAUUGGAUCCUCUGGUAUUCAGAUUCUGCCCAAGGUGGCUGAAGCAAAACAUGUCGACUUUUUCGUCCGAUCACCAACCUGGAUCACUCCCGCUCCAGGAAUUCUAGAACCAAAGGUUGGCCAAGGCCCAGAAGUCGACGAGGAGUACAAUUACGCACCCGAGGAGCUCACACGAUUUAAAGAUGAUCCUGAGUAUCUUCUUGAGCAUCGACGUGAACUCGCUGAGAAACGCAUCGACGAAUUCAAAGCCCACAUGGACGACACCGAAUCCAAAGCACGCGUCAACAAGCUAUUCCGCGAAUCCAUGAUAGGUCGUUUAGGGGAGUCUGAAAAGGGAAGAGAAAUUGCCAAAUGGCUUUUACCAGAAUUUCCUGUCGGUUGUCGACGCCUCACGCCUGGACCCGGUUUCCUAGAGGCUUUGGUACGAGACAACGUCGACAGCUGGUGGAACGACAUUGAUCGUAUUACCGAGAAGGGAAUCCAAAAGAAGGACGGCACAGUGAUAGAGCUCGAUGCUAUUUUCUGUGCUACCGGGUUCAACACGACGUUUAAGCCACAGUUUCGUCUCAUUGGCCGCAAUGGAGUUGACCUGGCUAAGAAGUGGACAGACGACGAACCCAUGGCGUAUUUUAGCACCACGAUUCCAGAUUUUCCAAAUUACUUUGCUUUUAUUGGUCCCAACAGCCCCAUAUCGAAUGGCUCUCUGGUUCAAGCGAUCCAAAUGACCGGAGUUUAUAUCUACAAAUGCAUCAAUAAACUGCAGACCCAAAGCAUAAAAUCCAUGGAGGUUCGCUUCGACGCGGUACAAGACUACGACGACUAUGUCCAAACAUGGCUGAGCAAAACUGUGUGGGUAUCGCCGUGUCGAAGCUGGUAUAAACGUGGAACAACAGAUGGUCGUGUUGUCGCUGUGUACGGCGGUAGCUGUUAUCACUUCAUAGAAGCGUUGAGGGAGCCAAGAUGGGAGGAUUAUAAGUUAGAAUACUUUAGGGGUGCAGGAAAGAACAGGUUCAGUUGGUUAGGCAAUGGUCUUACGGUUCGGGAAGCGGAGGGGAAGAAGAGCGUUGGAGAUACCCAGACGUUGAAUUUUGAGGAUUAUUGGGAUCUUAUGGUUCUGCCGGAGAUUUACUAUUGA